AACAAACAACCCAGGAAAGCAAAAUGCUCUGCGUUCGUGACCUUUUAAAGUCAACUGCUUAAAAAUGUAGCUCGUGAAAACGCAAUCUCAUUAAGAUCAGAUCUUAGUUAUCGCUUUCUCUAAACAAAACUUUAUUUAGCGGCAGCGAGAACUUAGAUUUGAUUUUAAUGAGAUUGGUGAAAACGUAACUUUGAAUUUGUAGAUGUAAAGGAAACUUCGUUUUUAAUUUGUUUGUUUUUCUUUUUUUUCUUUCUUGUAUUUCUUUUGUUUUGUUUUGUUGUUUGUUUGUUUUUCUUUUUUUGGGGGGAGGGGGUCGCGUUAAUUUGUAAAUCGUGGAGUACACAAGGUAAUAAUAUACAUCGAAAUCUAUCCCCUUUACGGAUUCAGGUUACAGUACGCUGACAACAAUAUUCAACAGCAAUGUUUAUCCCGAAGGGGAUACGGGUAGGAAUAGCGAAGUUACCGAAUUUGAUUUUCCUUCAACACCUGUUUGUCUCAACCUGUUUGACUUCUGCGGUACAGUUUCCGUGUCCGUUGAUGUUCCGAGUGCGUGCAGUCAUGUGCUAAAGUUAUGAUUGACAGAUAUCACACAAUAACGGCGUUUUGUUGAAUGAGUCUCGUCGAUGUUUCAGGAUAAGCAUGUCAACUUACACUGUGUAUUUACAAUUGUUAUGUAUUGGGCUCAUUACAGACGUUUACGGAGGCAAUGUGACGGUGACCAUGACCCCACGUGCCAUUACGCUUCAAGGAGGAUCUAGCAGUAACGCCAAUGUGUGCCUGUCACAGCCCUUGUCAAAGACGGCCACCUUGCUGUUCACCUAUGACACUGGUAAAGGGGUAUUCUUCUCAGAUGACAGACAGGUUGUCGCCCCCCUCCAUAACCUAACGCUAAGGAGGGACACCCCACCGUGCAGACAAGUCCACAUCUCCGGGGUCAACCCUGGCCACGUCUUUGUCGGCGUCAACUCAACGUCACCGGAGCUGCAAGACCUGUCGUCACUCUACAUCCGGGUUGAUGUCAUGAAAAGUUCCGUGUUGAAUAUUGCCUCGGUUGUCAUUGGCUGGAUUUACUUCGUUGCCUGGACAGUGGCGGGUUAUCCCCAAGUCUACACCAAUUGGAAGAGGAAGAGUAUCGUGGGCCUCAACUUCGACUUUCUCAGCUUCAACAUCACAAGCUUCAUCGCAUACAGCCUCUACAACUGUGGGCUGUUCUGGAUACCGACAAUACAGGCCGAUUACUUUACGAUACACCCCCGGGGCAUCAACCCGGUGAGGCUGAAUGACGUCUUCUUCGCCCUGCACGCCCUAGCCUUGUCCUCGUUCAUGAUCAUCCAGUGCUUCAUAUACGACCGAGGCAGUCAGAAGAUUUCGAGGGUGUGUCACAUCAUACAAGGCCUCAUCUACCUGUUUCUGGUCAUCACGCUGUUUGUGGCGGUGGGCCACAAGAUCACCUGGCUGACCUACCUGUACUACUUCUCCUACAUCAAGCUUGGCAUCACUCUCAUCAAAUACUCGCCGCAGGCCUACAUGAUCUACAAGAACAAGACUACAGCCGGGUUCAGCAUUGUGGCUGUGGCAUGCGACUUCACUGGAGGGCUGUUCAGUGUACUGCAGAUGUUUCUUCUCUCCAUAAACAGUGAUGAUUGGGGCUCCAUCAUCGGCGAUCCCACGAAGUUUGGCCUUGGACUGUUCUCCAUGAUGUUCGACGUCGUGUUCCUCGUACAGAACUGCAUGUACAAGAAUAAGGUCGUCGUCCUGGACCAGACUCCCAUUCUCGUAAAUGACAGUGGGGAAGAGAGUUAACUUCACCUUACCCUCUAGAACUGGGGAGAUACACCUUUUACAACAUGACCAGAGUCGCGAAGCGAAGCUGUGAUCAACUGAUGGUCAAACAAUAAUAUUGUUUGUUUGAUUGUUGUUUAACGCCGAACAGGCGGCCUGUAAAUAAUCGAGACGGGACCAGACAAUCCAAUGAUCAAUAUUGCGAGCAACGACCCACGCCUUCGGGGUUGGAAGACACGCAAUCAUCUUAGUCACGGAGUCUGACCACCCGAUCUAUUUGGUCACCUUAGUCAUCGAGUCUGAGCACCCGAUCUAUUUGGUCGCCUUAGUCACUGAGUCUGACCACCCGAUCUAUUUGGUCGCCUUAGUCACUGAGUCUGACCACCCGAUCUAUUUUGUCACCUUAGUCAUCGAGUCUGACCACCCGAUCUAUUUGGUCGCCUUAGUCACUGAGUCUGACCACCCGAUCUAUUUGGUCGCCUUAGUCACUGGGUCUGACCACCCGAUCUAUUUGGUCGCCUCUUACGACCAGCAUAUGUUGCUUGAAGCCUAUGCUAGCUCGGAUUCCCUACAGGAUACAUAUUAUUAUUGAAUAUUGUUGUCCGCACUUUAAUAGCUAACACACAGCUUCAGAGAGUGUGACCACUUGGCAACCCAGGAUAGAUUAGGUCAUCAGCACGCUAUUGCUUGGAAGAGGCGAUUGAAACGGCGGGGGUGGACAGGUUUGAUGACUUUUUUCAUGGAGUGUGAUUUUAGGCAGGGACAUCGCUCAUAAUACCAUUGGUUUGUCUGGUCCAGAAUGACUUAUUCACAGGCCACGUCUGUAUCUGAAAAUUUAAUAUUGCUGACCAAAUAUUGGUUACAAAUGCUAUCAGUCGGUUUGGUGAUCAUUUCUAGUCAAAGUCUUCACCCUGUAACUCAAGGGCGGAUCCAGCAUUUUCAAAAGGGAGGGGUCCAAAAUAUCAAAGUCUUCUUUCAGAUAAGUUUACUGCCUACAACAUACUACCCACCCCACCCAUAGCCCUUAAUAAGUUCACCUUGCAACUGUGAAACUAAAACAUUGUCAAAUUUACACAGUGUUUCGUAUCUCAAUUCUAUUAUAUAUUCAACACAACUGACAUGGUUGAGAGAUGGGCGUGUGGUUGGGUGUAGGGAUGGGACGAGUCCAAAUUUACUACCCGGGUACCCAUCCCCCCUAUUACCCGACCCUACCCGGGUAUCUGCUGUAUGUCUAAAGAGGUAGGUACAAACUGUCCAAUUGGGAAAAGUUUGACCGUAGCUCUGGUAAAAUGUGUUCAGAUACAUUUAUGAAACGAUCUGGUGUAUACACAGAAGUUGACUAAAGUUUUAUUUUUCUUCAAACAUAUGAAAGUCAUAAGGAAUGGUUGUAGUAGUCAGGAAGAACUCCGAACAUGAGUGACUUGUAGUUUAAACAUAGAGUUUUAGAUACUUUUUGUCAUUAAUCAAUAUAUCACGUGACUAGACCCGAGGACCCGAGUACCCCGUCCCAGCCCUAGUUGGGUGAGUGAGCUCCUUGAAUGAGUGAGUGCCUAGAUAAUGAUGGUUGGUUGAUGAACGGGUGGUGUGUAGUUGAGUGAAUGGGUGGCUGAAUGAGUGAGUGGGUGGGUGGGUGGUUUGAUGAGUUAGAAGUGUGCUUGAAUGGCUUAGUGAAUUGUGGGUGAGCGGCAGGGUGAAUUGAGUGAGUGAAUGUAUAAGUGGAUGGCAGAGUUGAUAAGUGAAUAAAUAAAUACUAUAUGUUAGGCCAGACUCUGUUUUCUGGGUUACAGUCACUGGUGAAAGAUUUGGUCAGUUGGUCGGAUUUUUUAAAAAAAAUUUGGCCUGGCUUGGGUCCUCAUAAAUAUUAUACAUAUAAAAUCUGAAUUGUGAUGAAGUUUUAUCCUUGACAUAAAUUCUAUUUUAGUGGUAUAAAAUCCCUAGACUUAUUCAUAUUGUCAAAGCAAUCUUUAUGGUAGGGGUUAGUUUAUUUAUAGCAGCACUGUCACUACUGGAAGUAAUAAUACUUAUUGCCAGAAUUGCUUGUUUUCACUUUAUAGGUAUAAGCACACAAGAAGCUAUCUGCUUAAAUUAAAAUCGCAAUAUUUCUUUUUUUCCAAGUGGUGAGGAAAAUAGGGACAGGGCAUGACAUUAGGGUAUAUGGAAUACAAAGCGAGAGAUUCUCAACAGCUAAUACUCAUUAUAUCUCCAUGACAAAUUGCAAAGAGCAAUGAAGAACAAAGAAUGGUUUAUUUCACGAUAAAACAUUUUCUAGUAUGACCUCAUUUCUGAAGAUUCGGACAUGCACUCGCAACUUGAUGACAUCAUAUAUUGGACAACGUUAUGUUUGAGAGGGAAAUGUCAAGUAAGUUGUUCCCUAUAGAUGUAGCUGGACAGCCCAGGUAAAUGCAGUGGCUGAAUGACUGCAUCCAAAAGUGGGAGAGAUAUGACAAUCAACGUGAGGAUUGUGGAAAUACCAAACUUAAUCCACCUGUUCGAAAAAUGGUCUUGUCCGACAUUUCCAAGGUCGGAUUCUAUUAAGGGCGUCAUCAUUAUUAAAAUUUGGGUAAAUAUUUGUAAAGCUUGCACAUUUUAUCAACAACCUUAAAAAGGCUAUACAUAAUGUUGAUAUCUCAUAUAAGAAAUAAACUACUCGUGGUCGUUGUUGAUCAUCAAAUAAAACACUGCAGCCCUUAUGGUUUAUUCUCCCUGCAGUGUUUUAUUGUAUGAUAAACAACUCACUCAUCGUUUACUUCUUAAAUAACAGUAACCAAACCAUUCCACUUCUUCACAAACCAAACUCCCAUUUUCAGUGGUAUAUUCUUUAUUCAACAAUGACGUCAUAUACAGAUAUGAUACAAUAAAAUUAUCUAAAACAAAA